AUGCUUCAAAGAGGUCGCUGUGCGAAAUGCGCUGAACCAUUUGUGAACGAGGAAGCUAUUUUGAUUUGCGCACAGUUGUAUCACUUAAAUCAUUUAUGCUGUAACUAUUGCAACAUGCGGAUAUGUGACAUUGAAGAAAGCUUCAUCGUUGAUGGCACUAAAGUUGCUUGUACUCGUUGCUUUGACAAACUCAGCCCCAAAUGUUACAGGUGCAAAAAGUCUGUUGUCAACGAAUAUGUCAUAAAUGGUAGUCGCUUAUAUCAUCUUAAUUGCUUUAAAUGCGCUCGAUGUCAUCGUAUUCUGGAUGUGGAAUAUUUUGAAGAUGAAGAUGGUCGUCCAUUAGACAGAAACUGUCUUUGGGGGGAAGUGCUUAUGGAUCACAUUAUUCGUGAUACUGAUAACAUUGUUCCUUCUGAAUAUUGA